AGGGGACUGGAGAAGAGCGCGUGCCGGUGGCGUGAGGGGGACGCCACACCAGCACCCUCUCUGCGGCCCCGCCUCACAGGAAGAGGCGGGCAGCUCGGCCCGGCGGAGGAGGAGCUGAUGCGACGUCGACACGUUUGGUUGGCGGUUCCCGCCGCCGGCAGGAGGGGAAAAGCGGCGCCUCUCACUCUCGCUCGGUUUUCUCAGCACCGGGACGUCCUCGGGCAGCCCUUCCGGCGCGGAGUGGCGGCUCCUCCUCCUCCCUCCCUCUCGCCAGACUAGUCUUGCAGACUGAGCGCCCUCGAAGGAGCCUUGCUGGAGCCACGCGAGUGAAAGGCGCUGUCACAGCAGCAAUUCCAUGAGGAUGGCGAGGUGGGCUGUGUCGUGGAGCCGGGGCUGUCGGAGGCUGUGUGGCCUGAGCCUGGCGGUCGUCUGUUGCCUGGGGUUUCUCCCUGGCCGGGUAUUUUCAGACUCCUGUAUCUGGUAUGGUGAAUGUGGAAUUGCUUUUGGAGAUAAAAGGUACAAUUGUGAAUAUAAUGGGCCACCAUUGCCACUACCAAAAGAUGGUUAUGAUCUGGUGCAGGAACUCUGCCCAGGUUUUUUCUUUGACAAUGUUAGCCUUUGUUGUGAUGUACAGCAGCUUCAGACUUUGAAAAACAACAUGCAGCUCCCUCUGCAGUUUCUGUCCAGGUGUCCCUCAUGUUAUUAUAAUCUAAUAAACCUGUUCUGUGAGCUAAGCUGCAGUCCUCAUCAGUCUGAGUUUCUGAACGUUACCCAAACACAGCCAUACUAUGAUCCAGUUACAAAAGAGAAUAAAACAAGCAUCACAGAGCUGCAGUACUACGUUGGAGAAACAUUUGCUAAUGCUAUGUAUAAUGCCUGUAAAGAUGUGGAGGCUCCGUCAAGCAAUGAUAAAGCAUUGGGACUGUUGUGUGGCAAAGAUGUUAAAGAAUGCAAUGCGACUAUUUGGAUUCAGUAUAUGUUCAGCAAGGAUAAUGGUCAGACUCCUUUCAAUAUGAUCCCAGUAUUUACAGACAUCUCUAUCCAUGGAAUGAUUCCUAUGAACAAUGCUACCAAAGGCUGCAAUGAGUCUCUAGAUGAUGUCACAGGGCCCUGCAGUUGCCAGGACUGUUCUGUUGUCUGUGGCCCAAAACCACAACCGCCUCCACCUCCUGCACCUUGGCUUCUACUGGGUUUGGAUGCCAUGUAUGUCAUUAUGUGGAUCUCCUACACAGGAUUUUUGCUGCUGUUUUUUGCAGUGGUUUUUGGAGUCUGGUGUUAUAGGAAAAGACAUUUUACUUCUGAGUACACUCCUAUUGACAGCAACAUUGCUUAUUCAGUUAAUUCACGCCAGCAUAUAGGGGAAGCUUCCUGGAGUGAAAGACUUGGUGAGAGGUUUGAGAAUGCAUUAAGAGUCACAUUCACAUCAUGGGGAGCGUUCUGUGUUCGAAACCCAAGGCCUGUCAUUGUCUUCUCCCUGGUUUUUAUUGCUAUGUGCUCCUCAGGCCUUGUGUAUGUUAAAAUAACGACAAACCCUGUAGAUCUCUGGUCAUCACCAAACAGCCAGGCUCGCAAAGAGAAGGAGUAUUUUGAUACUCACUUUGGUCCUUUCUUCCGGACUGAACAACUUAUCAUCCAAGCCCCAGAUACCAAGCCACAUAUCUAUUCACCAUACCCAUUAGGGUCUCCUGUUCCUUUUGGACCUCCGCUUAACAAAGAGAUCUUACAUCAGGUGCUAGACUUGCAGAAUGCUAUUGAAAACAUAACUGCUUUUUACAAGAAUGAUACCAUAAUGCUGAAGGACAUCUGCCUGGCUCCUCUUUCUCCCUACAAUAACAACUGUACUAUUCUAAGUGUUCUUAACUACUUCCAGAACAGUCACUCUGUCCUAGAUCAUUGGACAGGUGAUGAAUUUUUUGUCUAUGCUGAUUACCACUCUCACUUCUUGUAUUGUGUCCGGGCCCCGGCAUCUCUGAAUGACACUACUUUGCUUCAUGACCCAUGUUUGGGGACAUUUGGUGGACCUGUCUUCCCAUGGUUGGUGAUGGGAGGAUAUGAUGAUGAAAACUACAAUAAUGCUACAGCCCUUGUGAUUACAUUUCCUGUCACAAAUUACUACAAUGAUACAGAAAAGCUGAUGAAAGCCCUGGCCUGGGAAAAGGAGUUCAUCAAUUUUGUGAAAAACUAUGACAACCCAAAUUUAACUAUUGCCUUCUCUGCUGAACGUAGCAUUGAAGAUGAAAUAAACCGGGAAAGUAACAGUGAUGUCCGCACUGUUGUAAUUAGCUAUGUAGUUAUGUUUGUGUACAUUUCCAUAGCUCUAGGACACAUCAAGAGUGCUAAAAGGUUCUUGGUGGAUUCCAAAAUUUCCUUGGGCAUUGCGGGCAUUUUGAUUGUGCUAAGUUCAGUUGCAUGUUCUUUGGGCAUCUUCAGUUACUUUGGAGUCUCCUUAACACUGAUCGUUAUUGAAGUUAUUCCAUUUUUGGUGCUGGCUGUUGGUGUAGACAACAUUUUCAUUAUUGUUCAGACAUUUCAGAGAGAUGAACGCCUUCAGGGUGAAACCCUCGAUAAGCAAAUUGGCCGAAUCCUGGGAGAUGUAGCUCCUAGCAUGUUGCUAUCAUCAUUCUCUGAGACAGUAGCUUUUUUCUUGGGGUCUUUAUCUACUAUGCCUGCUGUUCGAACCUUCUCCCUCUUUGCUGCAGUAGCUGUAUUCAUUGACUUUCUCCUUCAAAUCACUUGCUUUGUAAGUCUAUUGGGCUUGGACAUUAAGCGUCAAGAAAAAAAUAGAUAUGAUAUUCUAUGUUGUGUCAAAGGUGGAGAAGAAAUUAGUAACGUACAACAUUCUGAAAGUGUCUUGUUUCUAUUCUUCAAAGACAUUUAUUCUCCAUUUCUUCUUAAGGAUUGGGUGAGACCAAUUGUGAUAUCUCUCUUCGUGGGUGUGUUGUCAUUCAGCAUAGCAGUUAUCAACAAAGUAGAGAUUGGCCUGGACCAAAGUUUAUCAAUGCCAGAUGACUCCUUUAUGAUGGAUUACUUCCACUCUCUCAGCAAAUACCUGCAUGCAGGUCCUCCAGUAUACUUUGUGCUAGAAGGACACAACUAUACUACUUUGGAUGGGCAGAACUCAGUAUGUGGUGGAAUGGGAUGCGACAACAACUCCCUAGUGCAGCAAGUAUUUGAGGCAGCAGAGAUUAGCAACUACACAAGAGUUGGCUAUGCUCCUUCUUCUUGGAUUGAUGACUACUUUGACUGGGUUAAACCACAGUCUUCCUGUUGCAGAAUCUAUAACACAACGGGACAGUUCUGCAAUGCUUCAGUUAUUGAUCCAUCCUGUGUGCGUUGCCGGCCACUGACUCCAGAAGGGAAACAGAGGCCUCAGGGUGAAGAUUUCAUGAAAUUUCUCCCCAUGUUCCUCUCUGAUAACCCUAAUCCAAAGUGCGGCAAAGGAGGACAUGCAGCAUAUAGCUCUGCAGUUAACUUUAUACAUAACAACUCAGAAGUUGGAGCUACUUACUUCAUGACUUACCAUACAGUGCUAAAAACCUCAGCAGACUUUAUAGAUGCAAUGAAGAAAGCACGGAUGAUAGCAGACAAUAUUACUGCAACUCUGAGUGUUGGAGAAAAGAACUACCGUGUAUUUCCAUACAGCUUGUUCUACGUCUUUUAUGAACAAUAUUUGACUAUUGUGAAGGAUACUAUCCUUAAUCUUGGAGUUUCACUGGGAUCGAUCUUCCUUGUAACAAUGGUGCUGCUUGGCUUUGAAGUGUGGGCUGCCAUUGUUGUUUCUCUCACCAUUGCGAUGAUACUAGCCAAUAUGUUUGGAGUGAUGUGGCUUUGGGGUAUCAGCUUGAAUGCAGUUUCAUUAGUCAACCUUGUCAUGAGUUGUGGCAUCUCUGUUGAAUUCUGUAGCCACGUGACAAGAGCAUUCACAAUUAGUACAAAAGCAACCAGAGUAGAGCGAGCAGAAGAAGCACUAUCCCAUAUGGGAAGUUCUGUCUUCAGUGGCAUUACUCUCACAAAAUUUGGAGGAAUAGUAGUGCUUGCCUUCUCCAAAUCUCAGAUCUUCCAGAUCUUCUACUUCAGGAUGUAUCUAGCCAUGGUGCUACUCGGAGCAACACAUGGAUUAAUAUUCCUUCCUGUCCUGCUUAGUUAUAUAGGACCCUCAGUAAAUAAAGCUAAAGCACGUGCAGCACAAGAAAGGAACAAAGGAACAGAAAGAGAGAAACUCCUGUUCUUCUAGCCAUUUUAAACUAAGUGGUCAGUGGACUUCCUGAACUACCUGGCUGAAGCCCCACUCCAUCAUGAACUGAUGCAUAUUUCGAUGACUACUGUCUCACAGCUGUAGACUACUGGAAUGAUAUGCUAUCUGCCUAUAUGCAAUUGGACACCUGUAGUUCUGGACAGCUUGGACUCUGAGUACUACACAAAACUUUGCAUUUUCAGUAUUACUAAAACAAAGUAUUAACAAGAUCCUGAAUUACUAUUUAAGAGAGCCUAUUUUUCACUCUGAAGAGGCUUCUGUUCCACAAGACUAACAGCUUUCCUGAUGAGAUUAAAAGUGACAUGUAUGAGAAUAGAUUGCUGAACCACUGACACUGUUUUUAAAAUGCAAGUCAAUGCAAUUUGUGGCUCUAUUUUUUAGGAGAAAAAUAAGCCAUCAGUCAGAAUAUUGUAAUUUUUUAAAUAUUUGCCAAAGGGUCUGUAUAUAUACUUUAUUAUAAAAUAGGAAUUUUUGUAGGUCAAAAGUAUCAGUACAUAAAUGCAAUAAAUUAAGUUUAUACAUUU